UAUAUAUUUAUAUAAGGUCAUUACAUCUCUGUGCAUUGGUUGGUGCCGAUGGCAGCAGAAGUCGGUUCUCUGCUUCGCAUCCUCAACGCCCGCAAAGAAGAAAAACUCAGAAACGAGGCCACCGUCCUCAUCACCAGAGACUUGCUCGGCUCCUGUUCCAAGGCCGCAUCCGCCGAUCUGGAUCUCGAUUUGCAAGUCCCUACCGGCUGGGAAAAACGCCUCGAUUUGAAGUCAGGGAAAGUGUAUGUGCAGAGGUGUAAAUCUCCAAGCCCUAAAUCCUGGAGUGAAGAACCAGCGCUUCGAGAUUUGAAUGUUCCGCCGCUGAAUCUAUUGGAGGACAGUUGCCUCGAACUGAAGCUGCUCCCUUCCAGCCACUAUCAGAGUGUCUGCACUCUCGACAAGGUCAAAUCCGCUCUGGAGAGAGCAGAGAAAGAGGCCUCGAAGAAGCGGUCCUCGCCUCCGAUGUCGCUUUCUUCGUCGUUGACGACCAGAGAAGAGGGAGAUGAUGAAGAAGAGAAGCGGUCGUGGUCGUUGUCUUCGACUUCCACGUCGCCGGCGUCAUCGUCGGGGAUGUUUGCAGCGGGAUGUCCAGUGUGCCUGCUGUACGUGAUGACAUAUAGGAAAAACCCAAAGUGCCCUCGCUGCGACUCCAUUGUUCCGUCUCCAUCUGCUUUUAAGAAACCCCGAAUUGAUUUAAACGCAUCGUUUUGAUGUUUCACAGCUACAUGCAACUUUUUCCCAAUAUUUUAGGAUGGAAGGCACACUGCUAUUUUAUGUAAUUUUUUCCUUCCUUUUUUAUCUUUCCAUAAGAUUAGGUUUUUUCUUUACUAAAAAUCGUAUUUAGUGGUAGGAGCCCUUUCUCUUCUGUAAAUAGAAAAAAAUGUCAUUGAAAUAUUGAAUUCGCAUAAUCUCUGUAAUGUAUUUAAUAUAGAAAUCAGAUAUUCAGGGAUUUUAUUUUAUUAUA